GGUACUUGGUUCAGGUACACGAACCUUGCUUUUUCGGGUGAUGCAAAGUCGAGGUAUAGCAGCGGUUAUCAUCAUACGUCAGGAGAAUGUGUUUAUUGAUGAAGUUUGAGUAACCGUUUCGUACUACUUUAAAUUUGCGUGCUGCACUCCUUCAAGUAGGAGCCUCAAGUUCGCCAGACACGAAUGUCAUGGGCGCUACUAUCAAAGACGUUCGUUCUCGUGGUCCACUAUGGUAAUGCGGCUCAUGCAUACGUCAAUCUCCCCUUUUCCUCUACGCCUGACCAACUUGAAAUCUCAGGAACUCAUCAUGGACACAGCGAUCAUCAACGCCACAUGCUCCACUAUAGGCGGCCAUGUUGUCCUCUUUUCUGGCUGGUUUACCUGGUUUGCGACACUACUGUGACACUUCCCUUGGACGACCCAAGCUGUUACUUUAUCCACGACGUAAGCCCCAGAGCUCCUGCCAUACCUGUUUGCCCCAUCUGUGGUGCUGUGGCGACUGUGGGACUGAUUUGGUUGGAUUUAUCCAGCCUUCUAUUCCAGUGUCGCAGGUCUUACGGGUCAUAGGCAAUAUGCAGAGUGCAUCGGCAGAGCUCAGUUUAACUCAUGCUCUAACGAGAUCUGCUGUUGUUGACAUCGGACUUUUACCUUUUAGAUC